CGUAAUUUACCGGUUUGACGAAAAAGAGAUCGACGGAUUAUGCUCAAUACUUAAAAGAUGAGCACUGGACUCAAUUCAAUCGACAAAAUUCCUUGAAGGCAGUAUCUUAGCAUGGCCGCAGUUCAAUGACUGAAACAGUUUAAUCUCUAAGAUGAAACCUGAAUCCAAAAGAGUUAUUCGACAGGUCCAGCAAAAUUUUGACCAUUCAAUUUGGACCAUAAAUGAUCGCAAAUGUUUGUCAAAGGCUUUAAAAAGCCUUUCCGUUGAUGAAAUCAAAGAGAAUGCUAAACAUAUCUUUGAAAAUAAAUCCCCUCUUGAGAUUGAUUGUUUUAUCAAGAGGUUGCACCACAGCCGAGAAUCAUAUACAAAAAUUAAGAAUUGCAAUCCUGAGUUCAAGUAUAUUGACUGUAUUAAUCUUUGGUCACAGUUGAUGUAUGACAUAAUUGGUGAUAAAGCACAUGAUAACACCUCUCUGAUGAUUGGAAAGUUAAUGUCACUGAUUGGUAACAAUGAAGUUCCAAAAAAUCCAGAGAAGACAAACAGUGUUAAUUACAAAGACAUUUAUGAUUAUUUGGCAUGUAUGUUAAUGGGAUUACCAGCACCACCACUGAAACCUUUAGAAUCUGCUGUCAUCCUAGAACUUCUUGAAACAAUGUUGUGUAAGCUGUCUGUUUCCAAUCUUGAAGCACAUAAAAAGAUGUUACUAUGGAAAUAUGAUGCAUUGACUGGAAAGCAUGAAGGCCCAAGCAAGCAGCAGAUACAGAAGGCUUUAGAGAAUGAUUUUCAAUACCUUGAUACAGCAGAUCUAUCUGAGUCAGCUAGAAAAAAGUUACUAGAGCCUGAACGAAAACGAGGAAAACAACAAGAACUUCUUCAUCAAUUGCUGACAAAACGCAACAGAGUUGUCAAAAAGCCUAAACUGAAACAUGUAUUGAAGGAGGAAACUGAUAAAAACAGUACUGUGAUUUAUGAAAUUCAACAUAUUGAUGAACUAUUACCCGAUGGUACCAAAGCUACUGUGGUGAAAUUAAAUCCAAUCGUAGUUAGUCUAGCUGACCCCACAAUGAAACCUUUGUGGGAAAAUAAGGAAGAACCAACCUUAGCAACUGAUUCAGAGGAAAAUUCUAGGAAAACCACUCCUGCUGAUGAUAAUGAAAAGGCUUCCCAGUCAAAAGAGAUGGACACAACUUCUAAGUACUCACUUCAGAUAGAUAAAGCAAGUUCAGCUGACUUAGUUGGAGAUGUAGCAGGUUUUAGUAGGUCACAAGAAACAGUUAAACAUCCAGGAGAAGAGGAUGAUGCUAUCUCUAGAAAAUUUCAAAAAAUGGAAGAUUAUAGCCAAGGUUUUCCUAAACCUUUGAAUAGUCUUAUGUUUAUGCCAGACACUCUUUGGAUAAAUCCUUUCUGCAUUCCUUCUCAUCUAAUUGGUAUUGAAGUAUCUGAAAUCAAUCAAUAAAAAACAUUUCAUUUUUCA